AUGGAGGAGAGCGGCAGCAACAAUGGCAGCGUGAGCGUUAUUUCUCGAGUGAAAUUCGAUCAGGUUGCCACAUGGGUUGUUUCCGCCUUCUUCACCUCUCUUGAACGCUGCGCUUGCCUCAAUCUCUCCACCACCGAUCUUGACGACGAUGACGAUGCUAAGUAUCUUCCUCUCGUCGUCUCCGCUACUCCUCGUCCCUCCGAAGACAUUGUGUAACUGUCAGUCUCCGAUUCCAAUUCCAUUAGUCUCUAAUAAGAUUCGUUAGGAAUGGGUUUAGGGUUUCUUCAUUGCUAUAUAAAUCAUCUUUUGUAACGAAUAAUAUUAUUGAUAAUGAGAAAAGAAUUUGGAUGAUUUUGAUCAUACUCAGUGUUUUU